AGUGCGUCGCUGAAUCAGGCAAUAUCUGGGGAAGCGCCACAAUUUUCGGCGAAUUAUGUGGACGCAUGCAGACGAGGCAGUGUUGCCAAGCAGCCUCUGUUACAGCGAUCAAUCUAUGUCAGUAAGAUGGCUCGAGGCGCGCACUUCUGGAGAUUGGAAGUGACGGUGGGAAGGAAUUACGGGCCGGCGAGAUUGAGCAGGUCGACGCUGUUUCGAAUCACGGUCGUUCAGUGACUGAAUAAAUACUGCGCAGGUUCGAGCAUGUUUGAGUCUGUAUCCAGCCCUCACUACAUUCAUUCGCUUCUUAUUCACACACUACUUCCAAGAUGAAGACUUCUUUCGUUCUCCUUGCCGCUGUGGCAUCUGUCUCUGCCCACUCGACGUGGCAGCAGCUGUGGGUUGGCACGACCGACCAGGCCGGAAAAUGCGUCCGCACAGUCAAGGACAACAGUCCCGUUGAGAGCCUGACCUCCGCCGAUAUGUUCUGCGGUCGUGGCCCGGCGAAGUCGACUGGUGUCUGUGAAGUCGCUGCUGGCUCGUCUCUCACUGUUGAGUUGCACGCUCAGCCCAACGACCGCUCUUGCGCGCAGCCGGCCAUCGGCGGUGCCCACUACGGCCCCGUCCUGGUCUACAUGGCCAAGGUCGCCGACGCGACCACCGCGACCACCGGCUCCUUCUUCAAGGUUGCCGAGGACGGCUACAAGGGCACCACCCCUACCUGGGGCACCGAGAUCCUCAACGCCAACUGCGGAAAGCGAGCAUUCACCGUGCCCAAGAACAUCGCCGCUGGCAACUACCUCGUGCGCGCCGAGGCCAUCGCACUGCACGCCGGCGCUGGCUCGCCGCAGCCGUACGUCAGCUGCUUCCAGGUCAAGGUCACUGGUGGCGGAAGCGCGAACCCGGCCGGUGUCAGCUUCCCCGGUGCUUACAAGAUCACUGACCCGCUCUUCACCAAGGCUAUCUAUGACUCGUCGUUCACGUACACAAGCCCUGGCCCGGCUGUCUACUCUGGUUAGACAGACUUUUUUGGGGUUGAAUCCUCUUUGCAUAUGUACAUAGAUUAAAUUUGCGUCCAUUGGAGAUGUACAUAAAGUUACACCACUACCUCCAAACAUGUUUCAACCCCUUGCCAUGAUUGUGCCAUUUCUUCUACUACAACUAGAACUGACCAAGCAAGUGCGAUGGUUAGGGAUAGACCACAAACGCUCAGAACGUACUGGACACUCGAGCUGGCCUCACGAAGUAUUUGACUUGCUAAGCCUCUUUCGUCCAUGCCAACAUGCACAGGAAAGUCCUGAUCAAGAUCAUCGGU